AUGGCUGUUGCAAUUCCCGCUGGUCUUAACCUCAAUGAUGAAGAACAAGAAGCCUUUUACGAAAUGAACAGACGAGAAAGACUAAGAUUUAACGCCCUACCAGAUAAUCAAAGCAAGCUUAGCUAUAUCCUAGCACUUGUGGAUAGGAAAAAGUCUGAUCGUGAAAAAUCGGACCUUGAACUAAAAGAAAUUUAUGGUGCACUCUAUAUAUCUGUAUUAAUUUCGUUAACCGUUCUUAGUGCAACUGUUUAUAAAAAUAAUGAGGACAAAUUGAAAGUAUUUUUAGUGGCGAUGAAUGCCUUGAUAUUUAUUGUCGAAAUUGUUAUGGUAGCAAUCAAGGAUGUUAUUAGCUAUAUUGCUACCGGUCUUUUUAAAAAUGUUAUCAGCAACAAUAACGGCAUAAUAGCUCGUCACACGCCAAUGCCCUACCUUUUAACCCAAGCUUUCUUGAUUCCCUUAAGUGCCUUUUUCGUGAGAUCUACAUGUAUUUGGUAA